AAAAUGCAGCCUUUGUUGUAUUCAUGCUUCUUCUUACACGUACUAUAGUUACUUUCAAACUGAACCUUUUGAUCCCGAUAACAAAGGUUGAUGAAAACUUCCCACCAGCACAAAAGCCAGAUGCCAUUAAUAAAGAGAAAUUUCAUUUCAGAAAAGAUGUUCAAAAAGAAUCUUCUGAACUAACUCAGGAUAUUUACAGUUUGAUGAAUUUAAAUGAAAUCAUGAAUGGAAAGGAUGAUUUCCCUGGUUUAAUUCCUCUCAUACACAAAUAUCUUGAUUAUAUUGACUAUGAUUUCAGCAAAAGACCUAAAAUAAUGCAAUACCUGAAAUACAUCUCAGACAAAGCUGCAGGAAAGAUAAUGACAAUGGCCCAAUGGACAAGGCAAUUUGUUACAAAUCAUGAAGAGUACAAGAAUGAUUCUUUUGUCAGUGACAGAAUCACAUACGAUUUUAUUAUGGAAUGUGAAAAGAUUGUCAACAAUGAAGAAGGACUUCCACAACCAUUUAUCAAGUGUUAACAAAAUUCUGACAACUUCAUCUGUUACGAGCUACAAUCAGCCUAAACUACAAAACUGUGUCCCCUCCCCCCCCAACUUUGU